CUGGACCUGCGCACACCGUAGACCCGCCUCCGGUCCCGGACUCACCUGUCCUCACUCCGUGCAGUCCGGAUGUGACGGCCUGACCCCGCAUUGGAAGGAUGCCGGUGCAGAUCCCGGACGACUCGGACUUCGCUUCCUUCAAGGAGCAGUGUCUGAGCGAGGAGGGAUGGACGGUCCGCUACAACAAGGGCAGCGUGACGGUGUGGUGCCGCGACGAGGAGAGCAGCACCGUGCAGAAGCUCAAGAUGAGGAUCGUGUGUAAAGACGUGAAGGCGGAGACGCUUUACGACGUCCUCCAUGACACCAGCUACCGCAAGAAGUGGGACACCAACAUGAUUGACACGUACGACAUUGGCCGACUCACCGUCAACGCAGACGUGGGUUAUUACUCCUGGAAGUGUCCGACUCCUCUGAAGAACAGGGAUUUCGUUACCAUGAGGUCAUGGCUGCCGCUGGGUAACGACUUCCUCAUCAUCAACUACUCCGUCAAACACCCGCAACAUCCUCCGAAGAAGGACUAUGUCAGGGCGGUGUCACUGCUGACCGGGUACCUGAUCCAGUCCAAUGGCGCCUCCAGCUCCACCCUCUACUACUUGACCCAGGUGGACCCCCGAGGCUCGUUACCGAAAUGGGUGGUGAACAGAGUGUCUCAGUUUGUGGCUCCAAAGGCCAUGAAGAAGAUCUACAAGGCGUCCCUCAAGUAUCCGGAGUGGAAGCGGAAACACGAGCCGAGCCUGAAGCCGUGGAUGUUCCCGGAGCAGAACACGCUGCCGUGCAUCAGCGUGUCCGAGCUCGUGCUGCAGCGCGCCGACUCGCUGGAGAACAUUGACGAGAGCACUGUGAAGGAGGAGAAGACGGCGCAGAACAGUGACGAUGAUGAGAACUGAACACACACACGCACACACUCUGGUUCUGACUCACUGUUUGUUGGUUGGUUUGAUGAACUGAAACAUGUGGGACUCACUCAACCUGAAGGACCUCAGCAGCUCCGUCUCGCCUCCUGAUCAGGUUACAGCGACUGAAACUAUACUUCCCUCAACUUUAAUGACCAGAGUAUUUUUUGCCUUCUCUUAGAUGUUUUUCUUUCAGCAGUUUAAGAUAAUACAGCGUGACGACAUGUAAUUAAAAAUAACUAAAAACCUUCCAAAUUUCACUCUGUCUUCAGUGAAACUUUAACUUUGAUGCGGUUUCAGGCUUGAACAGGUGAUACAGGUGAUGGGAGACACCUGAGGGGGGGCGGGGCUUGAUGGUGAGAGAAUCCCGCUGGAAGAGUGUUAUUAGAUGAACGUUCUUCCUCUCCGACCAUCUUGAUCCUCACUCUGCUUUGAGUUGACUCUUGUUGUUAAUCUGUCUGUCGAACAAUAAAGAGUCUGUUCAGGUCCUGUUCCCAGACCCUCAGAUCCACCAGGUCCUGCUCU